GGGCAGUAAUAAGAAGCCCAACAAAUAACGUAAUCAGAGCCGUUGAUCUAGGUCUAGGUUUUCCUCCUCUUUUAAUACUUCAUCUCCAUCAUCUUCCCAACGUCGCCGCAUUUGCACCUCUGUAGCCGAACCCCUUCUGUCUCUCUAACUCAGAGAAACCAUGGUUAAGCAUAACAAUGUUAUCCCCAAUGGUCACUUCAAGAAGCAUUGGCAGAACUAUGUGAAAACAUGGUUCAACCAACCGGCCCGGAAAACCAGGAGAAGAAAUGCUAGACAAGCAAAGGCGGUUAAGGUUUUCCCGAGACCUGCAGGCAAACUUCGUCCCCAGGUUCAUGGUCAAACAUUGAAAUACAACAUGAAACUUAGAGAGGGCCGUGGGUUUUCUCUUGAGGAGUUAAAGGCUGCUGGUAUCCCAAAGAAACUUGCUCCAACCAUUGGCAUUGCUGUUGACCAUCGUCGUAGAAACCGUUCAUUGGAGGGUCUUCAGGCUAAUGUCCAGAGGCUAAAAACGUUCAAGGCUAAGUUGGUCGUUUUCCCAAGAAGAGCAAGGAAAACAAAGGCUGGUGAUUCGACCCCGGAGGAGCUUGCAACCGCCACCCAGGUUCAAGGUCCAGUACUUCCGAUUGUUAGGGAGAAGCCAGCUGCUGAAUUUGUGAAGGUGACGGAUGAGAUGAAAUCAUUUAACGCCUACUCAAAGCUGCGUCUUGAAAGGACAAACAAAAGGCAUAUGGGUGCAAGACUCAAGAGGGCGGCUGAGGCUGAGAAGGAAGAGAAGAAGUAGAGUGGGUUUUUUAAGGUAAUGAUUAAUCAAAUGUUGAACCAUUUUUGGAUAUUGUCAUGUUUCAAACAACGACUUUUGUUGGUUAUAUGUCUUUGGUUUUGUUAUGUUUUAGUUUUUGUAGCCUGGGGUCAUGUUAUUUUCGGUCUUGGUUAUCAAUCAAACCCAUUUUAUUUUUA